AAGGAGAGAAGAGAUAAAAACAAAACUCGACUCGACUCGACUCGAAUACUCGAAUGAAUGAAAUGAUGAAAACUUGAAGGAAAAGAGUGCUCGAGUACUCGAUGAAAAAAAGUUAUGAAAAUUAGUCGAGGUAGAACGAGUAGUUGGCCAUGACUCGAUUGCGGAGCGAGUAGCGACAGAAUGCGAGAAAAAUCCCAAAGACGAGUUCGGUUAUCGGUGAACUUGACUCAUUGAAAAACAUUCUCACUCUCGCAGCUGGUAUUGUUCUGAUCUUUGUGAUUCGGAGUACGGAGUAGUACCUACUACCUACCACUAUCUUUCCUCUUCUACGAGAACACAAAUAGCUAGCUCGAACGCGUCGAAAAUGGCGAAAAAUAACGAAUUGGUCAGAUUUGAAAACUGCAAAAUACUGAGAAACGGCGCCAUCGAAACGGACGACUAUUUGUACGUGAGAAACGGCAAAAUCCAAGACCAAAUGAAAUUAUAUUUCGACGAAAAAAUUGAACCGGACAAGAGAAUCGAUUGCAAAGGUGCUUUACUCUCGGCCGGAUUGUUGGAUGUUCAAGUAAACGGCGGCUUCGGUAUAGACUUUUCUUUCAACGAGAGUAACGUAGAAGAAGGAUUGAAUAUGGUUGCUAAUGGUAUUUUGCAAUUCGGAGUGACGGGCUUUUGUCCCACUUUGGUCUCUUCUCAUCCGGACACUUACAGAAAGGUUCUUCCCAGAAUGGGUGAGACAACGGGCGCCAUCAAUUUAGGAAUUCACUUGGAAGGCCCUUUCAUUAACGCCGAUAAAGUCGGCGCACACGCCAAAGGACAUCUCCGCAAUUUAAGCCGCGGUAUGAACAGUGUUUUGGAAACGUACGGAAAUCUGGAUAAUGUAAAAAUCAUGACUAUCGCGCCCGAAGUGGACGGAGCGUUGGAAACCAUCAAAAGUUUAACGCAGAGCGGCAUCGUCGUGUCAAUCGGUCAUUCGACAGCUAAUCUAAGUACCGCCGAAGAAGCAGUUAAAAAUGGAGCUACCCUCAUUACGCAUCUGUUUAACGCUAUGCCUCCGUUCCAUCAUCGCGAUCCCGGAAUACUGGGUUUGCUCACGUCCGAGAACAUUUGCAACAAGCCGAUAUAUUUCGGUUUAAUCAACGACGGCUGCCACACCGAUCCGGCCGCCGUUAGGAUCGCAUAUCGCGUCAACUACGAUGGAUUAGUUUUGGUGACUGACGCUAUCUCAGCGGCCGGACUCGAAGAAGGAAAUCAUCGUAUCGGCGAUUUAGAAAUAAAUAUUCGCGACAACUGCGCCUACAUAAUGGGUACUAAUACUUUGUGCGGCAGUAUUUUGCCGUUGAAUAAAUGCGUCAAUUUAUUCGACCAAUUCAACCAAUGCGGCAAAGUAAAAGCUAUCGAAGCGGCCACGCUGCAUCCAGCUCGAGUUCUCGGCAUAUCCGACCGUAAAGGUACGUUGAAUGCGGGCGCCGAUGCGGACAUCACAUUUUUUGACCAACAAAACCUCGACGUAUUGUCUACUUGGAUAGCUGGCUCUUGCGUAUAUUCCAAACGUGACGACGUUUACGAAAUUAUCGUCGAUUAAAAUCGCUUACUUCGGUGUCGGUGGCGGUGUUUUCGUGUUCUGUUAUAACAAUUAAUAAGUAUCUUACGUGUACUGUACGUCUACGUGCGUUGUAGAUAUAUCUAUCUAUACAAUAAGUACAUAUGUACAAUGUACAUCUGCUGCCUUUCCACUACCUGUACCUCUACUUAUUGCAUGUCAUGUCGGUUUGAUGGUCGCCGAUUCGUGAUUAUUUUCCAUUUACCCAUCAUUUUUGUACCAACCUAUCAAUUUUGUUUUUUUUUUUUACCAAUUUAUACGCGUUUUAUUCUUUACGUUAUUACCUACUUUUAUUCGUCUUUAUGUCGAUUAUACUACAUUACUUAUGCUAUACGUCGUAGUACAUUAAACUCUGCGCAUAAUA